AACCACAAACACCAGGUUAGAUACUUACUACGCUUAACUUCAAUUCACACUCAUACAUACCUCACCCCCCAUUCCCCCCUGAAUCAAGAUAAACACGGGUCUAUGGACAUCAUCAUCGGCAUUCGUGAUUCCAAGGGAAGCAGCGACAGCAGAGCUGCCAGCGGCGGGGGAACCCGAUACAUAGUGCACCACCACCCCGCCGGCAGAGGUUCUCUCCCGGCGUGGGCAUACUUCGUUAUAGUCUUGGGCAUCGUGUGGGUGGUCGCCUUCGUCCUCCUCACCUGGCACUUGUUUCGAAAAGAACGCCUCAACCAAGACAACAACGACGAUGACGAUGACAACGACAGCCGCCCGCCCUCCCGCCCGUCCAAAGCGAGGCUCUUCGGCCGCGCGGCGGGGCGAGCCCUGCUAUACAUGACGGGGAUCCAGGUAUUCGUGUGGGCGAUCGGGAAGACGCGGGCCAGGAAGGCGGACAAAAAGGCCGCCAAAAAGGCCAAAAAGGCCGGGCGGAGGAAUAUGUUGGGAGGCGGGGGCAGCUCCUACGAGAAAGUCGGAGACGACGACGAGGAAAGGGGGUUGGUUAGUAAAGAAGGAGACGAGCAGCGGGUACUGGUAACGCCGCCGCCGACGACUCGUUUACCCGAAGCUCCGCCUGCUUAUUAUUACAACGACAAUGUUCGCUGAAAGGGAAAAAGUUUUGUUUUGGAUGGAUUCGUUUUUGAUAGAUUAACUAGUAGAUACCUACCAAGGUAUGUAACUAGGUACGUAUGUCUCUAGGAAAAAGUCACAAAGAUCACAUCACAGAUGCUAUGC